ACUGGACCAAUGGCGCGGAUGAGGCUGCUGCGUCGUGAAGGAUGCAGAGCUGAAAGCAAGGCAGUGGCUUCCAUGAGCCUAAAUACCUUCCCUCCGCACGCUCGGUAUCGCGACGGCGGAGAGCAGAACCAUUAAACAAAUGCUCCAGUUUUCCCCGCAGAGAGCCGGAGUCAAAUCCGUGAGGAAGCCCGGGGAUCGCAGUAAAGCCCAACCCACUGGUGCUAGGAGAACCUCGCCGGGGACCCGGAUCCAGGCCGCAGGUUCCCCGAGGCUCCGCUCCUGACGGCGACACCCAAUCUCGGGUGUCCCCGCCCCCUUCCUGAAUUUUGGCCCCGCCUCCGCCCUCCGAUUGGCCGAACGCCAGCUCUACGCCGCACGGGCAAGACGAGGAGGAGCGGCCCCCGCCAGAAGACAGAGCACCCGCGGCCUUGCUGCGCAUGCUCGCGCUGUGACCCCGGCUUGAGGUAACGGCGCGAGCUGAGGCGGGGGCCCUUGGCGCGGAGGCUGAGGGACCCGCCGCGGCGCUGUCGCCGGAGAGGGAGGGCACCGCUGCCAUCGGCCAGAAGCCGAGGAGCCCUCAGUGACCGUGGGAUCCACGACAUCUCCACAUCGCUGUCCCCACCCAGCCAGGGCAGCGCCAGCACCAGCUCAGACGCAAGGACGGAACCACUGGACUCCACGUUCCUUGCCUGGGAGUAGGAGAAAUCCACCUGCUGGGGGCUGAGUGUGGCCUGAGGGACAGGCCCUGGGUCCCGGGAUGCCCCUGCCCGAGCCCAGCGAGCAGGAGGGUGAGAGUGUGAAGGCCGGCCAGGAGCCAUCCCCCAAGCCAGGCACAGAAGUUGUCCCAGCAGUCCCCAGGAAGCCCAGAAAGUUCUCCAAACUGGUCCUGCUCACAGCCUCCAAAGACAGCACCAAGGUGGCGGGGGCCAAGCGCAAGGGCGUGCACUGUGUCAUGUCCCUGGGGGUGCCCGGCCCUGCCACCCUUGCCAAGGCCCUCCUCCAGACCCACCCCGAGGCCCAGCGGGCCAUUGAGGCAGCCCCUCAGGAGCCUGAGCAGAAACGGAGCAGGCAGGACCCAGGUGAGGCUCCACAGCGGCCCCCCAGGACAGCUCGGCACCUCCCAGGGUGGCCCCACAGCCGCGCUGGCUCCAUCAGGCCCUUCUCCCUGUCGUGCGGGUCCUCGUUCCCUGACUUUGACCACGUGUGGAGAGCAGUGGCGCAGGGGUUAGGGCAUAGGCCUGGGCAUCCCCUGACCUCCAACCUUGCCUCUGAGCAGCCUUGCCUCUCUGCGUCUGUUCCCCACUCUGGAAUGCGCUGCCCACUGGCUCCUUCACAAGGGAGCCUCUGAGAGUUCGGUGGGGCCCACAGGCAGCUGCCGUCAGCUUCAAGGUCUUGGCUCACAGCUGCUCGAUGAGGGUCUCUAAGGCCAGGGGCUUGAUGGGUCACCUUUCCAUAUGUUCUAGAAAGCUCCUUUUGUCUCGCUCACCGUUCAGUCACUUAGUAACAUCCACUGAACAGCAGCUGUGUGCAGGCUGGGCUCUGGAGACUUGAGGCACGCAGGAUGAGACCCCCAGCAGACCAAGGCAGUGACCUCAGCCUGGCUCUCCAGGACUGCCGGUGUCCUCCCUACCUCUGCGCAAGCAAUCACCCCCCCACCAAACCUCCAGGGAGAUACAGCUCGGGGCUCACAGGUCCCAUGGGGGAGUGGGGCUGGGGGUGUGGCCCUACCUGCUGUGGGCUGGCUGGAGGUGAUGGGGCAGGUUCAUUCCCUGUGCUUUACUGUGGGAGUGAUGGGAUGGAUGGAGGCACUGAGCGUCUUCAGCCCCCGCUCCCACUCCCCAGGGCCCUUGGCUCUGCCCCUGCUGUGUACUAGACCUUUCAGCUAGAUGUGGGGGACAUAGCCAGGUGGGGCAUGGUAGCAGAGAUGGGAUGAGAGCAGGGCUGCCCCUUUCCCUGCACCCAGCUCUCUCUGAGGUGGCCCAGGCCCUGCCCUGCUGUCCCCUGCAGGAGGACAGGUCCCCUCCUGGCCCCACAGCAGGUCCUCAGGACCACAGGUCCUGCCUCUGGGCUCUACCAGGGCAGGCAGCGGUGGGGGCAGGGCCCUAGGCAGCAGAGGAAAUGGGCUGGGUACACCUUUUGAAUUGGAAGUUCUGGAGAGAUGGGGCAGGGGGCUGCCCAGUGGGUGGGAAGAAGAUGAGUUAGGGUUUCUUCCCGACUGGGAGUGGGCUCUGCCAUGCCCUAAGAAGAAGAAAAGUCGUAGCAGGUGGCCUUGGCUUGUGACCUCUGAACAGGUGGUCCCUGGGGUCAGCCAGGGUACUCAGCCUGGCAGCCCAUUGUAAGAAAAGGGGGUGCUCUUAGGGUUCCUUCAGUUUGCUGGCAGUGCAGGGACCCUGCCUCACUGAUGGAAAUUGAGGGUGAGUGGCCUGAGGUCACAGAGGGUCACAGCCCCACAGCCUCUCUAGGGCUGAGACCCAAGAAUGCUUGAGAUGGUGGUUUCUGCAGCCACAGGCUUGGAGCUUUCAAGGAACCUAAUGGACCCCUCGACUUCCAUUCCUCUGCUGGAGUCUCAGGCCUGGUGCGAGCAGUGCUCCGGGACUCAGAGGGACCCCGUCCUCCCAGAGCCGGCGGGAAUGCCUGGCUCUCACUGCGAAGCCCCCACCAUCCAGUCCUGCUCUGAGAGCCUCCGCGUGUCCCCCUGGCUUCUCCUGCCAGCCUUGGGCAGAGGGUGCAGUCCCCAUGGCCUGUGGGAGGCAGGGCUCAGAGGAGUGAAGUCACCACCCUGACGCCACCAGGAGGUCCCUGCAGAGGGGGUUGGAGUCUGGCUCAGGGUCUGUUACACCUGAGCUCUGUGGAAUGAGACCAUCUCAAGGUCCUCCCAGCCCCUUUGAGACUCCUGCUCACUGCUGGGAUCCAUCUAGGCCUGGGGCCAUGGUGCCUUUGUGAGAAUUGGAGGGCAGCCAUCUUCACCAGGUGAAAGGCAGAGCAGGGCUCCAUCAGGCGCCAGGGGUCCCGCAGGCAGUCACCCUCAGGCAUCGACCACCCCCACCUGCCAAGUCCUCCGUCCUUCCAUCCCCACCCCAGGUCCAGCAGAGGUGAUGGCUGCGCUUCCCAGUGCUCCACACAAACUUGGCCUCAAGUUUCCUGGAAAUGACUUUAGCAGCUUUUGUGGCCCUGGGCUGGUGGCCUUGGGAGCAGCGUCCAUGAGUGGCAGUCACUUCUCAGUCAGGCAAAGGCUUCUGGCCCUGGAACAUUGGCUGGUUGGGGUGAGAGUGAGGCCUAGUAGACCCCCAACAGCCAAGCUGAGCCCUCCCUUCUCCACUGACACCAGCCUGAUCCACCCUCUUCUCUUGCAGGUGCAGACAGAACAGAAGACAGUGGAUUAGCAGCGGGGCCUCCUGAGCCUGCCGGGGAGAACUCUGCCCCCUGCUCUGUGGCGCCCCGCAAGUCCCUGUAACCUUGACAACAGGCGCAUCCUCCCAGGCCACCAACCCAGCUAUAGGCUCUUCUCUGUCCGCAGGGCUUCUGGGGCCCAAUCGGUGAAUCUUUGCUUUCAGCAUUGUAUAAUUUCUUUCUUUCUUUUUUUGUUUUUUUUAGAUCAAGUGUAAGUUACUUUUGUAAGCAGAAAAAUACUUUCAAACAAGAAUAAAAGAAGCUGUUCGCUAGA